AAUGAUAGUCGAUGAUCUCAACAACGUACGAACAAAGUAUAAGUAGGAACCUUAAAAACGAUGACUGACAAAACCUGUUUCUACACGGAAUGUUUUUUGUUGAAGAACGCGUUUGCUGCAGGCUGCUUUCUGUCGGCUUAUUUCGAAAAAUAAAAAGCGGAAAGGUUUCAACUGGACUUUUUCGUUUUUUGUUUUGGUAAAAUGGUUGACUGGAGUCCGAUAGCGAAGGUGUUCGACCCGCUGAAAGCUGGCAGCAUCGACAGCACGGACGUGGAGCCCCAUGACCGGGCGGUAUGGAGGGCUAUGGGGGCCCGGUAUAAACCCAACAAAGGUGUUGUUGGGGACCCGCUGCUCACCCUGUUUGUGGCUCGUCUAAACCCGCAGACAACAGAGGACAAACUGCACCAAGUGUUCUCCAAGUACGGAGACAUCCAGCGAGUGCGACUGGUCCGGGAUAUCGUCACAGGCUUCUCCAAAGGGUAUGCCUUCAUUGAGUAUAAGGAGGAGCGGUCCAUCGUCCGAGCCCGCCGGGACGCCAACAAGCUGGUGGUUGACCAGCAUGAAGUGUUUGUGGAUUAUGAACAGGAGAGGACCCUCAAGGGGUGGGUCCCCCGGAGGCUCGGCGGCGGACAGGGAGGGAAGAAAGAGUCCGGACAGCUGCGGUUCGGCGGCCGGGACAGGCCUUUCCGCAAACCCAUUAACCUCGGGGUCGGUCCGGUGCAGGAGUGGGGCGGCGGAGGUGGAGGUGGAGGGAGAGAGUGGGACAGACAAGAGGGCAGAGACAGGGAAGACCGGGACCGACACAGAGAGGCCGAGUGGGGCGGCAGAGGGAGGAGAGACGACCGGGACAGAGGCAGAGAGAGGGAGGACCGCAGACAGCGGGACCGGAGCAGGCACCGGGAGAGGAGAUGAUGACAUGAGAAUAAUCUCAUCUGCUUUAGAAGAAGAUUGUGAAACAUUCUCAAAUCAUCUGGCUGUCUCUAAGAAUGAGUGUUUAAGUGGACCGAAUGCAGCUGGCUAUGGAAAGUUUAGCUUUUCAGUUAUUGCCUUCUCUUGGUAUAUAUCCUCUAUGUGGAUAAUGACAAGUUUUAUUGUUUGAUUUUAAGAGACUGUGUUGAGGAGUUAACCUGAAGCAUCGUUUUCAUCUUGUAAUGUUGUGAUUUCUCUGGGAGUUUCUUACCUCUCACACUCCUAUGUUAUGUACAUUUAGCAGUUAAUAUGUUACAAUGAAUCAUUUUAUCACGGUGAAUUUGUGUUUUAACCCUGAGACAGCAAAGUGCCUUUCAACAAGUGAAUUCAGCCGAAGAGACAACGUGUCCUAAUUUUUGUUCUAAUAGCUUAAAUGCCUCCUAAUAUUCAUUUUACACUGUUCAAGAGCAACAUGUUGUUUUUUUUUUUAAUAAAGGUCAGACACACACUAACAAGCUUGUUUCGUAUACUGAUCUAUAAAACAUUUAGCUUAAUGCAAAUGUUAUGGUCUAAAACUUUGUGUUCUAAUAAAAUUUCAGCUCCAUUUGCUUCCAUUAAAGCUUCUUAUCUUGCUCUUUGUUGGAGCCAAUGAAGUUAGGAGAUGCAAUUAGUUUUUGAUAGAUCCUGGGAAGUCAAUCUCUCAGUAGUUCAAAGUGAAAAGAUAACAGUCCUAUGACUUCUUCUGAUCCCUGUUCUGGUCCGACAGAGCAGAUGAUGUUUCACUUAUGAGUCACAGGGUGGAUUGUUUUUUCUCAAGAUGACAACAAGUAUGGCUGAAGUCAUUAAUACAAGGAUCUGUUGUUAGCAUUAGUCCAUUAGAUGUUUUUCCUGUGACUCCAUGCAUAUCCUGCAUCAUCAAUCCAUUUGGUCAUCAACCCGACCUGCUGCUGGGAAAUUCAUCACUGCUACCCGAGAAGAAGCCAAACUAGAGAAAAGAGAUUGUGCUGGAAAGAUCUGAUUGCUUGGUAACUGUAUGUAACAGAAAACAACCAAGCAACCAAUGGAUGUGGUUACAUUUAUUACUGACUGAAAAUAUGUAUUUCCAGACAGAUACAAACUGUGCUGUGAGGGGUUAGGAAAGGGCAACUCAACCAAACCUCUCACACAAACUUGUGAAUAUGUUGUACUAUUUAUAUUGUAUAAUAUGCAGACAUGCCCAUAAAGCCCAUAAUGCCCACAAAACCUGCCUUUUAAACUAUUUUUAUUUCUGUGUUUUUAUAGUACAUGAUUAGAACAGGCAAGUGACUGUUUCAAAGUGAUGGAAUUAAACAUUUUCUGUAUUUCUGUUUUAAAUAAAUUGUCAUUUUUGGGAUCA